GGCUGUCACGUUCGCAGAUAUUCGUUCAUUCGUUUUUAAUCUACGCAGAGAUCUGAAAUCGAAGCACCAAAGGAAGUUCAGAAUAUACACUGAAUCCCCAAUUGAUUUGGAUCUGGAAGCAUGUCUUCGACAUUCAGCGGCGAUGAAACUGCUCCAUUCUUCGGCUUCCUCGGCGCCGCCGCGGCUCUCGUCUUCUCCUGUAUGGGAGCUGCUUAUGGGACGGCAAAGAGUGGAGUAGGUGUGGCAUCCAUGGGGGUCAUGAGGCCGGAGCUGGUGAUGAAGUCAAUUGUGCCAGUGGUCAUGGCUGGCGUUUUGGGUAUAUAUGGUUUGAUUAUUGCUGUAAUUAUCAGCACUGGGAUAAACCCUAAAGCCAAGUCUUACUACUUAUUUGAUGGUUAUGCCCAUCUCUCUUCUGGCCUUGCCUGUGGUCUCGCGGGUCUUGCUGCUGGAAUGGCUAUUGGAAUCGUUGGAGAUGCUGGUGUUAGGGCUAAUGCGCAGCAACCAAAGCUAUUUGUGGGGAUGAUCCUCAUUCUUAUUUUUGCUGAAGCUCUGGCCCUCUAUGGGCUGAUUGUCGGAAUUAUUUUGUCUUCACGAGCUGGCCAGUCCCGAGCUGACUAGGCAACUAUCCAUUUUCACAUCUUUUUUCCAGAACCAUGAAAUUCAAGGUAUGUUUGACCAUGUAGUAGUGUGAUUAUUAUUAUUAUUAUUAUUAUAAUGGUUGGCCUUCACCAUUGAAGUUAGUUGUGUGUGUUAUUAUCCUAUUAAUUUGUUGGAUCACAAAUUCUUGCCCCCUGAAUAAGAGAUUAUUUUGGAGCCUUUGUGCUGUUUCUUAGCUGUGAUGUGAACAACAAUAAUAAUAAUUCAUAAACAUGAAAUCCACGUGUUUUUUGCUUUUCUGUUUUGGUAAUGAAAUUUUGGGUGUAACAGUGGAAGCACCAUUUGUUA